UCGCAUGUUGUUAAAUAGUUCGUUAAAGGGUUCUCGGUGGCUAGAUCGUAUACACAGAGUUCGGUAUUAACAAACUGGACCCACUUUAAUAAUCACGAGAAUUAACCUAACCUCUCAUUUGAUCGAGAUCAUUAAUGCUUAAGCGCGUUUAGAGUCAAUUGUCAUAGAAAUAAGGCGUAAAAGCAGAUGUAAGGACUUUGGACGGAACUUGUGCCGUUAGUUUGGACCGUUCUAAAGGGCGAGGCGGCGGAUGAAUACCAGCUGAUGUGACGCGGUCAGUGUUUGCGUUGACGCGAUACUCUUCUGUUCUCCAAAACUUUUUGAACGAUUUAUCGUGUAAGCGAUCAGCGUCGACAUCAAAUGAAGAAGAGUGAGACAAUGCUCUUUUAAAUUGAAACCCGUGAGCUUCUCCACUGCGGUUUACAGCGCUCGCGACAGCUUCUCACACCAUCACCUCAGCACGAUGGAGUUUCAGUUUUUCGCAUCUUUUUCCUGUAUGAGGCAGUUCUUCGAUUCUCAUGCUUUGUACGCAAUUCAGCAUUUCAACAAAAACAGAGAAAAUUGUGGCGGCAUAUAUUAUACUGUGGAAGACUCUCCUCAUUUGCACAGUCGGCUAAAGCGCUCCCUCUUUCCUACUGGCUAACGAAGGCCAAUCACAAGUGAAGGGAGGAGCCUGAACAGACGUAGGACUAAAUUGGUAAGCAGUACGACACUUUUAUUUUGUCCGAUUGUCGGUGGGAACCGCACUGCAGCGUAUGUGUUAAUGGCGUACAAUUGGAUGACAAAAACUUUUGACGCUUACCCACACUCAACUUCCACGGAAUCCUCUCCUGGUUCCUCUAUCCCACCUUCACCUCUGGAGCAUGAUGUCCAAAUGCCUUCCGACCUGGAGGUCAUGACCACUCUUCUCAAAGAAGAACUGGCUCAGCUGGAGGAUUAUUACCUGUAUGAAUCGACACCUAUGAAAUUGGAGAAAUGGCAAAAAUGUGACAAAAACUUACAACCUGUGCCCACCCAGUCGUAUUAUCAGUUACCCUGCCCUUCCUAUGGUGUGAACCAAUCUGAAACGAAUCCCAGGCUGGUUACCCUGGCAACUGGAGAGCUGGACCUGCGAGGCUUCUGUGGCGGCUCCAUGAGUAGACCAAAAAUGUCUCGACCCGGCCCGUACAGCUACAUUCGGACACACUGCAAUAGCCAAAGAAUAACGGCGAAUGGAUGUAAAGACGUUGAGGUGUUUGAGAAAGAAACGUGGACUUUCAAAGGGACUCAUUCAGGUUAUGCGGAGCUGGCCUUUGACCCGUGCUCUGUCGACAAACCUUUUGCAAAGAACCACACCAACGCGAAGAAGGUCCGAGAAUGUGCCAUACUGUUGAAGGAAGAAGAGAAAAGUUGCUUCAGCGAAGAUGUGUUUUACAGAGCAGAGAUGAUGAGAAGUUACGAUAUCGGUGGGCCACUGGACGCCCACCACAGGAGAGAGGGCCAGAGCCAUGGAAUGAAGAUGCUUGGCCACGAAGGGAUUGCGAUGCCUAUUUUGCAGUGUGCUGAGAACGAAAGCUGUCCGCCAUAUAAACAAUCAGAAGUAGCAGAGUGUUAUUUUCAUCAGAUUUCUGCCAAUUUAGAGCCAUAUCACGGCUACAUGAAUGAAAUCGAUCAGCCAAUCAGAACUGAUAUCCAAAACAAUGACUACUUGCACCAUGAAUGCCUUGGAGAUCAAAGCUUUGAAUGUCUGUCCGGAGACAGCGUUGGCUCCUCUUUGGAGUUGCCUAUUCAGAAACCGAUACAAAGGUCAAGAGAAAGUCAGUGUGUGUUUAAACCUGAUAUCAAAGUAAGUCCAUUUGAGCGAAACCAUGGAGAACGCAAGCAGAAGAAAAGGGAUCAGAACAAGUCAGCUGCACACAGGUACCGUCAGCGUAAAAGGGCGGAACAGGACUGUUUGGAGGAGGAGCUUCAUGGUUUGGAGGGGCGGAACAGAGAACUUCGGGACAAAGCAGAAUCUGUAGAGAGAGAGAUUCAGUAUGUAAAAGAUCUCCUGAUUGAAGUCUACAAGGCUCGUAGUCAGCGCUUAAAAGACGAUUCCAGUGCCUAAACUGUCUCAUACCAGCAUUUUUCAACAGUAACUGCAAACCUACAGCAGUCUGACAGCAUGUUUUUAUGCUCAAAAUGGUUAGUUAACCUCAAAAAAAGAGCUCAUGUAUUCAAACGGUUUCGUUUUUUCAAAGCAAAUGCCCAGCAUGGUUUCAUAAAACUGAAAAAACAACAACAUGUAACGUUUCUUAAAGCACUGUGAUGAUAGCCUUGAAUACGUUAUCUUGAUCUGUAUUUAACAUUAAAAUCACAGCGAUCUAUUCGGUGGAAAGCUGUCCAUCAAGAUUGAACUGAAUUUCAGAGUGUGUGCUACCUUUAUUAAAAAGAUAUUUUGUACAGGCUUUCUCCAAUCUUUAUUUAUCCUGGAGUCAACAUCACAACAAAACAGUUUGUGCCAAUGUUGUGACCACGUGAUAAACAUUCUUACUACUAUUUCUUAUUGUAAUAAUGCAAAGCAUUGCAGUGUAAAUUGUCACUUUACACUUUUCUUUCAUUUCAGUUGACAUGUAUUUCUCUUUUAUUUGUGAAAUAGCUCAUGUAAUUAGAAUACAGGUCAAAUAUUGCUUUUGCAAUUAUUCAGUUGCUUUAUAUAUAUAUAUAUAAAAUAUAUUAUAAACUAAGGUUUAUAACAUUUUAUGACUGAUUUGUUUUGCCUCAGGUAUGGAAUGCAUGUCUAAAAAGCAUGUUGGGUUACAAUAUACUGCAUGACCCAAAAUAUGAAACGAAUGCUUUUGUGGAUUGACAAUAUGUAGAUUUUUAUUUUGUCCUUUGGCCAUUUGUUUUACACUCAUUAACACAGCGCUUUAAAAAUAUGUGGUUUGUUAUUUUCUUAAUUGAAGAAUUAUGUUAUCAGUAUGGGAUAUGGAUUGUUUUUUAUGCAGGUUUGCGGAAAACAAUCACUGUUAUUUGCUUGCGUAAGGACUUUAAAAUUCAAAAGAAUUUUAAUAAUUUCACAUAAUUGAAGCGGUGCACAUAAGUACAGUAUACUGUGCCUCUAAAACCAGAAAAGUGUAGCAAAUCCAAAUGCAUAUAUUUCUGCAGGUUCCAAUGUGUUUCAGAAUCUACCAACAUUUGGUUAAUAAAUGCAAAUUAUAUUGUGCAGUAAUUCUUAUUUUUUGGUCGAUUCAUAUGUCAAUAAAUUAUUCUUAAAUAUUU